UUGAGUUGGACUGGUUGUAUACAGAUAUGAUUGAAGAAUUGAUCAGCAGGGGUCAGCAGGUUGAUGCAGUCCAUUUUACUUUUGAAGUUGGCCUUGAGAACAAGUUUCCCCCCGUCCCACUGCUGAGGGCUUUCCUGAAGGAUGCGAAAAAAGCUGCUACUGCUAUUUUGGAGGAUCAUAACAAUUCUAGCCGAGUGUAUCUUGCUGCACGCAAGGAGCAGUCAGCACUUCGGGCUGUCAUCAAGUGCAUUGAAGAGUACAAACUCGAGGCAGAAUUCCCUUCAGAACAUCUCAAGAAGCGCCUUGAACAACUAGAAAAAACCAAGAGUGAGAAGAGAAAGCCAUCUACUGUUCCGGCUAACAAAAGAACCCGAGCGAACAAUGGUGGCCCAAUGCCACCCGCAAAGGCCGGCCGCUCGACUAAUGCUUACGUAUCGUCUUUUCCAGCACCACCUACAUUUGUCAGGUCUCCCUCGCACACUCAAUACCCGUAUCCUGCAUCCCCUACCAUGUAUGGCAGCAGGAGCCCUCCAACCAACCCUUAUGCGUACUCACCUGAAGCAGCCUCUCCUCCUCUUGUCGGGCCAUACCCAGGAGCUCCGAUGAACUAUGCUCCGUACGGAGGCUAUGGCAAUGGUGUUGCACCAAUGGCCUAUCAGGCAGCUUACUACCGAUAGACAUGACUGCUUUCUCUGAAGAUGGUGACACUGAUAUGAUGAUAACCCUAAUCCCAAACUUCCGAAUGGUCUGUAAUCACUAACCUUUUAAUGGUAGCGAUGUAUGGUAGCAAUGUAUGUGUGUUAUAAUCCUUAAUGCUGACCUUAAUCCUUGAUCCUGACUUUAUUUCAAGGACAGGUUCUCUUUCUAAUGUUGAUUAAACUUGUAGUACUUACUAGGUGAUUGUGGAAAGUAAUUAAGAAAUAGCUUCUUAACAAAAGGCA